CUUACCAACGGGCGCAACACUCACAGCAACAGCAGCAGCAGCAUCUGGAGGUCACCGUGGGAGAGUGGGGGAAAAGAGAGCAGAGCCAGGGCACAACUUUUCUCAAGGCAAAGCAUGCAGAGCUCCGAAGGAGGGUCAGACACCACGACCAGCGUGGCAACGCUGCGGACGUCAUCAUCAGCCCAGGCUCCUGUGGUACAGCCUGUCCCAGCCUCCCAGCAGAGGGUGCUGGUUCAAGCCACAGGCUCAGCUCAGAAGGGAGGACAAGUACAGCAGCUUUCAGUACCCAGGGUUCAACAGGUUCCUCAGCAGGUUCAACAGGUACAGCAUGUUUAUCCAUCGCAGGUCCAGUAUGUUGGAGAGAGUGGAGAGGCUGUUUACACCAAUGGAACAAUUCGAGCGGCCUACUCCUACAACCCCGAGGCUCAGUUGUACGGGCAGAGCAGCGGCGGUGCUUACUUUGACUCGCAGGCCGGCGGAGCUCAUGUCACCACGGUGGUCUCCUCUGCCAGUGGCGGGGUGCCCCCUCAUGGCAUGGUGGGCAUCGCCAUGGACGUGGGCAGCAGCCACAUCAUCUCCAGCGGCAGCACCUACCUAAUCCACGGAGGAAGCAUGGAGGGAAGCCGCAACCACAUAUCACAUUCCUCUCGCUCCUCCUCAGCCAUGCUUGAAAUGGCGAUUGAAAACCUCCAAAAGUCUGAAGGAAUUGCAAGUCACAAAAGCAGCCUGCUCAACAGCCAUCUGCAGUGGCUGCUGGACAACUAUGAGACUGCGGAGGGAGUGAGCCUGCCCCGGUGCUCCCUGUACAACCAUUACCUGCGCCACUGUCAGGAACAGAAACUGGAUCCGGUCAACGCGGCUUCCUUCGGCAAGCUCAUCCGCUCAGUCUUCAUGGGCCUCAGGACCCGCCGCCUCGGCACCAGAGGCAACUCUAAGUAUCAUUACUAUGGCAUCCGGGUGAAGCCAGACUCUCCGCUUAACCGGCUGCAGGAAGACACCCAGUACAUGGCCAUGAGGCAGCAGCCUGUCCAUCAGAAACAGAGGUUCAAACCUCUACAGAAGGUGGACGGUAUGUCCGACAGCCUGUGUGGGAGCUCUCAACACUGUAACAACACUCCAGAGCAGUCAGUGGCUGCUCAGAGCCAACAUCACCAGCAGUACAUAGAUACGUCCCACACCUUACCUCCGUUUCCCUCUCCUGACUUGGGUACCCAACCUUUGCCCGAGCGCAUCAACAUGAAUGACAUCAAGAAGCUGCAGACGCUCUACAGAGACCACUGUGAGGCUACUUUGGAUGUGGUGAUGAACCUCCAGUUCCACUACAUUGAGAAACUCUGGCAGACCUUUUGGUAUUCAACACCGCCAUCUAGUGACGGAAGCACCACCAUCCCCAACAGUGAUGAUGACCUGGAAGGUGUGAUCCCCAGAGAGAAGCUGGUCGCUCUGUGUAAAUAUGAACCGAUCAGACUAUGGAUGAGGAGCUGUGACCACAUCCUGUACCAGGCUUUGGUGGAGAUCCUCAUCCCUGAUGUGCUGCGUCCCGUUCCCAGCACUCUCACUCAGGCCAUCCGUAACUUUGCCAAGAGUCUGGAGGGUUGGCUGACGAACGCCAUGACCAACUUUCCUCAAGAAAUCAUUCGCACCAAGGUGGCGGUGGUAAGUGCAUUUGCGCAGACUCUGAGACGUUACACCAGUCUGAACCAUCUGGCCCAGGCAGCCCGCGCCGUUCUCCAGAACACCUCCCAGAUAAACCAGAUGCUCUCUGACCUCAACCGCGUCGACUUUGCCAACGUUCAGGAGCAGGCGUCGUGGGUGUGUCAGUGUGACGAGAGCGUAGUUCAGCGUCUGGAGCAGGACUUUAAAGUCACCCUGCAGCAGCAGAGCUCUCUGGAUCAGUGGGCAACCUGGCUGGACAACGUGGUCUCUCAGGUCCUGAAACCCCAUCAGGGCAGCCCCAGCUUCCCCAAAGCUGCACGCCAGUUCCUGCUCAAAUGGUCUUUCUACAGCUCCAUGGUGAUUAGAGACCUGACUCUACGCAGUGCAGCUAGUUUUGGCUCCUUCCACCUGAUUCGCCUCUUGUAUGAUGAGUACAUGUUUUACCUGGUGGAACACCGUGUAGCUCAGGCCACCGGAGAAACUCCUAUCGCCGUCAUGGGAGAGUUCAGUGACCUGAGCUCCAUGAUGCCGUCACUAAUGGAAAAAGACGCGUCCUUCUCUGACGAGAUGAGCGACUUGGGCAGCGAUGCGGACACCUCCAGAGGUCCCACUGAACCAGCUGUUAAGAGAGAGAGGAUUGAAAUGAGCCACCCUCUGCAGGAGAUGUGAGUCCGGUCCAAAACAGCGCCGCACGCCGCAUCAGCCAGAGUCUCUCCCUGAAAAGAUGACCCUAAUGUGGCUUUCGGGGGCCGAGCACACUGCAUCCCUCUGCAGUUGAUGUGUGCAAUGUACAUAAAGAAGAGAGUAGCAACGUCAGUCCUCCCCUCACUAGCGUUUGUCAAGAUGGUAAUCUUUCUCCCAGGAAGCAAUCUGACCCUCGGCGCACGUCUGUUUUUUUGUUUUGUUUUUUUUACUCACAGGGGUGUAACACAGGUCUGAUUUUGUUUCUGUUUUUGUUGCAACUGUGAACGACUUUGUGCAGUACCUUUUUAUUGGAUGUGUAACUCUCGAGUGGUGGUGUGUGACGUUAACGUGGUUCUUUAACAAAAAAACAACUACAAAAAAAAAUCCUAACUAGCUGUGCCAUAGUGUCAUUUGAGUGCCUUAGAUCGCUAACUUUUAAAAAAAAACCCACCACAACAGAUGUCUAUCUGUCCCUCAGCUGUGCCUCUACCGCAGUAUGAAUGUAUCGUCUCCAAACCUCAGACAUUCAAAGCACCUUUAACAUUGAUUAGGUGUAGGUGUGUACUCCUUGUUGCCUCCGCUGCAGCUCGCAGCAUAAAAAAAAAAACAAAAAAAAAAAACAAUGAACAUGCAACCUACUGACCCAAAGGACCUUUCCCUCAGUUGUUUGCCACCAGCUUAGCCAUAGCCGCGGCUCUGUCUGUCUGUCAGGGCCUCAGUAGUCAGGAAGGCAGGGAACUGUUAACCUUGGCUGUUCAUUAAUUUACCUCAACAGAUUUCUAUGCUGUGCUCUGCUCGGCUCAGAUGACAUGAGGCAAGUAUUUAAAAAAAUAAAUGAAUUUUAAAAAAGGAAAGAAAAUGUAGCCACAGAUGCGGUUAAAUGUAAAUAGUUCCCCCUAUGUUCCUCCAAAAUAGUAUCAAUUUAGUGAUUGUUCCUCCACGUGAUGUAAGGACGAGUUCUAUGAGUCCUUCUGUGGCGGGAAAUCAUCCAUGUGAUUGAGAUCUGAUGUCUGAUGUUGACGCCCCCCUUUAAAAAAACAAAAAAACAAAAAAAACAACCUAAACUGGAAUCUGGUCCGUCUCCUCUUUGAGCCUCAUUUCCCGAUCAAAGUGGUUGUUACUUUUUUAAAUGAGAUUAAUCGAGACGUGUUAUUAAGAGCUUUGGGUGUGUAAAACGAAAACUCUUAAACACAUACACACGAAAAAGAGGAUCUAGUUGGCGUCUGAGCCGGCAAACACUCCCCCGACUUCAGAUUCUGUGACCUCAUGCUGUUACUCAGAUAAAGUCUCAUGUCCUGUUUGAAUUAGAUAGAAAACACAGUGCGUUAUCGGGGACUUUUGUCCGUAAUAAAUUAUAUAUAUAUAUAUAGUAAAUCUUUAUAUGAUGUAGAACGUGUGUGUUCUGUGGCCUUCUCACACUGUACCGGUCACGUCGUAUCAGAAGAAAAUGCUUUGAUGUGUAAUUGAUUAGACUGGCGUGUGUGAUUAAUUUGUUUCCAAUCUCGAUUGUUCAAUGUAUGAAAAUCAAAUUAUUAACUGUGGUGCCGCUGCUGCUGCACCCAUGUCGCUAUUAAACUGUCACGAGAGAAAUUUCUAUUUAUAUGAACUCUUGAUUCUGAUUUGAUUGACUUCAGUUUUGUGUUGAAAUUGGUUUGGUUGAUUUAAAUUUUCCCUGCCUUCGUUCUCCCCUCCCCCCUCAGAUGAUUUUCGUUGUAGCUAUGAGAUUCCUUGAGUUUUGAGUUAUAUGAAAAGGCUUUUUGUAACUUGUGCCUGUCACAGUAAUUUGCCUUCAAGUGCUUUGGAAAAAGUAAUUUCUAUGUGUACUUUGUAAUGUUUUGUAAGGCUGUUUUAGAUUUUUUGGCGGAGGAUUAUUUUUUAUUGAACUAGAUUUGGUUCUUCUUACAAGUAUACUGAACCCUUAUUUUUGUGUAUUUUUAAACCUGUUCUUGACUACACUUUAACUAGCCCAAGGACAGAUGACGGUCUGUAAUAAAACUGCAUAGUUAAGCUGUAUUUUGUAAUUGGUCACAAUGUGUAAUAAAUUGGU